AUGUCUUUAUCAAGGUUCAUGUGCUUAAGAUCAUUUUGCAAGUUAGAGAGUCUUGCACUAUUACGGCGAUAUUCUUCACAAAGUACAAUCAACUUAUCCGAUCCAGUUAUACAAACUUAUUUGAAAAAUUUAGUGCUAGAACAUGAAACCUUACAAACGAAAAUUCGAAAAAAUGCUGAAGAUACGAAACGCCUUCAAGAAAUAAAACCAAUAGUAAAGGUGCUUGAGCAAAGAAUUGCACUUUUCGAGAGUAUACAAUCUCUAAAAGAACUCAACAGCCGAGAAGGUAAAGAUGAAGAGGUUAAAAAAAUGAUUAAAGAGGAAGCUGAAAUAUAUUUAAAAAGACUUAAAGAAGCUGAUGAGGAUCUGCAGUCUAUUUUAUUAGAACCAUAUGUAACUGAAGGUGGUAUUAUGAUAGAAGUCACUGCAGGUGCUGGGGGUCAGGAAUCAAUGCUUUUCGCGAAGGAACUUUUCGAUAUGUAUCAUGAAUAUGCCAAAUACAAGGAUUGGGAAGUUGAUAUAGCCUCUUUAGAAAAAUCUGAUAUCGGUGGAAUUAGAAAAGGAUCUUUAUUAGUACAAGGAGUAGGUGCACCUGAAUUGAUGAAGAUUGAAGCAGGAGUGCAUCGUGUUCAGAGAAUUCCAGUUACAGAAAAAGGAGGUCGCAUACACACUAGUACUGUUUCAGUAGCUGUUUUACCUUUACCCAGUGAGAUUGAAUUAGAGAUAGCUGAUCGUGAUUUAACUAUUGAAACUAAAAGAGCAAGUGGAGCUGGUGGUCAACAUGUAAACACAACAGAUAGUGCUGUUCGCGUAACUCAUAUUCCAACUGGCACUGUGGUAGAAUGUCAAGAAGGUAGAUCCCAAAUAAAAAAUAAACAAAUAGCUUUACAAAAGUUAAGGACUUUAUUACUUCAGAAACAAGAAAAUGAGCAAUCAUCAAAAAUAAACAGCGAAAGAAAAUCACAGAUUGGAUCUAGCAAUAGGAAUGAAAAGAUAAGAACAUAUAAUUAUCCCCAAGACAGAGUGACUGAGCACAGGGAGGGAGGUGGCACAACUCAUAGUUUAAAAACUUUCAUGGCAGGUGGGGAACAGCUAGAGCAACUACAAGAAUCCUUGUUGCGUCAACAGCGGUAUGAAGUUCUGAUGACUGAGAUCAAUGAGUUCAUAACGAGAUAUAAAGCGGAAACCAGUGGGAAAAGU